UUGGGUGCGACAGGCUACUCGAGCCAGGCUUCGCGUUCCUCCCCGGGCCGCGCCGCUCACUUCCGGUUCUGUGUGGCGGCCACUUCCUUCCCUCUUGGUGGGCGGGAGCGGCUGGUUGGAGGUGAAGGGAGGCGGCUGGCUGGCUGGCACGAUGUGACCGAAGUGGCCUGGCAUUCCGAGCGGGGUGGGGCGGUGCUGGAGCCUGGGACUGCUGGUGCUCCUCUGGGACGAGGGCCGAAAAUGAUUAUACCCUUAUGGAGGUACUUGUAUAGAAAUAUCUUUCGGUUUUGGAUAAAAUGGAUCCUAAGACAGCUGACUGGAAAAUGUGAACUGCAGCGCAUCUGUGAUGGCUCAAGAAGAAAUGCAGAAAGAACAUUUAAAAUAGAACAAUCGCUGGAAGCAUCAAAGUUUAAGACUUUGCAAAAUGCUUUGAAUGUUACUGAAGAUGAAGUAGAAAAAUGUGUUACCCAUAUAAUAGAAGAAAAGAAGAUUAACAUACAGAAAGAUCCAGGGUUUCCCUCAAAGCUACAGAUAUGUUUGCUCCAGAUAUCUGGUUGCAGAAGACUAUAUUUGGCUGUAGAAGAACUGAGAAAAGAGCCAUAUAAUUCAGACAAUAAAGAACACGAGGAACAUCUGCUGGAGCUUUGGAGUUUAUUGAUGCCCCAUGAAAAACUAAAGGCUAGAAUCUCGAAGCAGUGGUGUGACAUUGGUUUCCAAGGUGAUGACCCCAAAACAGACUUCAGAGGAAUGGGCAUGCUGGGAUUAACUAAUCUUCUAUAUUUUAGUAAACACUACCCACGUGAAGCACGUCAAAUCCUUGUUCGUUCAAAUAAUCCAAAAUUGGGAUAUUCCUAUGCAAUAGUUGGGAUCAACUUGACAGAGAUGGCUUACAGUUUAUUAAAGAAUGGUUUAUUAAAAAUUCACUUCUACAAUCUAGUUCCCGGUGUGCCACAACUGAAAGAUUUCCAUCAGGUUUACUGUUAUUUGGCUUACGAAUUUGACAAAUUUUGGUUUGAAGAAAAACCUGAAAGUAUUAUGUACUUCAAUCAAUAUAGAGAGAAGUUCCAUGACAAGGUUAAAAGAUGUCUCCUGGAUUAUGAUAUAGUGCUUGCCUUAAAAAAUGAAAAACAAUAAUAUGCAGUCCUUUGGGUCCUGCUGAUCAAAAUUAUGCACUUGACUGGAAAUCUCAUUUAACCAAAAACUUCAUUCAGUAAUCAAAGUUUUAUACAUUUUAAGAAUUUAAAAAUCAAAAGCUGAAAGAGCUGGGACAAUCAAUACUUAAGACUGUACACUGUUGACUAAAAGUCAGUUGUUUUUUAUGUAUGACGAUCCUAAUUGGAUCAAAAAACCUCCCAUGUUGUACUUCUGGAAGAAAGUAAAAUCUGUUCACUAUUGACUAACUAUAGCUUGGUUUUCCAAUUGUGACUCUUGUUUAGUUUGUGGCAAUACUUGAUGUUUUAAAUUUGUCUUGUUAGGUUGUAUGAUUAUUUUUUUCCAGCAUGUUUCUGGGAGGAAAACACAUAAAAAGACUUCUUUGUUUGGUUGUAUGAGAACAAUCUUCACUUGUGUUUAUGUGAAAUGAUUCCAUAACACUUCAGGUUAAGUGGAUUUUUCUUGUGGAUGUAUGUAAUCAGAGAAUAUGAGAUUAAAUAUUCCAUUUUAAACAUG